AUGGAGACCGUUCCUGAGAAUUCCAUCCCUGGGUUGUCUGAUUCCAUUGCGAAGAUUAGAGAAGAUGUAAAAUCUGGUGUAGAAAAUUUUACAGAGGAGUGUGUAUCCACAAUGGCAGACGUUACUCGGCUUCUAAUGAAGAGGUUCUUUCCUACAAUGACUAAGAUUGUUGGUACUGUGGGGCCUAACUCUCGAUCUGUACAAGUUAUUUCUGCUUGUUUUACGGCUGCAAUGUUGGUUGCUUGGUUCGACUUUUCAUGGGGUAGUCCGGAUUACCAUCAAGAGACUUUGGAAAAUUUAAAGAUUGCUGUUAAAAGCACCAAGAAACUUUGUGCUGUUAUGCUGGAUACAGUGGGUCCUGAGGAAGAUGGGUUUGUUGUUCUAACACCCAAUCAAGAACUAGAGGCAUCUUCGGAGCUGCUACCUAUAAAUUAUGGUGGACUUUCAAAGGUCGUUAAGAAAGGAGACACCCCUUUUCUUGGUCAGUACCUCUUUACUGGAAGUGAAACAUCUGUCUGGUUGGAGGUUUUCAAAGUGAAAGGAGAUGAUGUUGGUUGUGUGGUAAAGAACUCUGCCACUUUGGUUGGUACAAUGUACUCUUUGCAUGCUUCUGAAAUUCACAUUGAUCUUCCAACACUUGAUGAGAAAGACAAAGAGUAA